AUGGCCGCCGUCAGCGUGGCUCCGUACCGCACGACAGCUCUCACGUCGUCGGAUUGCGCUCCGCUCGAGAGGAGAGUGCGACGGCCCCAAUAUGUUCCCCCUUAUGCUGCCCACCUGGAGCGAGCUGCGCUGCUGCUGCUGCUGCUGCCGUGCUGCUCCAAUCGAUUCAUGCUGCUCCGCAAUGAGCAGUCGGCAUGGCACCGUGCCACCUUUGCGACGUCUUGA